AUGGCAUCUGUGGCUUACUAUGAGCUUUACCGUGGGAGCAGCCUCGGGCUGUCUCUCACUGAUACGCUCGACGACUUGAUCAACGAAGGACGCAUCGAACCCCAGCUGGCAAUGAAGAUCCUGGGGACUUUUGAUAGGGUGGUUACUGAAGUGUUGGCGGACAAGGUCCGGGCCAGACUGACCUUCAAGGGUCACCUUGAUACCUACCGAUUCUGCGACGAAGUCUGGACUUUCCUAAUCAAGGAUGUCUCGUUUAAGCUCGACAAUCAAACAACCGUCUCUGCGGAGAAGGUCAAAAUUGUCAGCUGCAACAGCAAGCGACCGGGAGAGGCAUAA